CUCUUCGCCAAGCCAGGGAAAGGAAUUCCAGGCUAGAGGUCGUUCCGCGGCAACAUUGCGCCAGACUCCCGCGCACUAUAGCUCUUGUUAGAUGGGGGUCUAACAAAGCUUCGAAUCACUCCGAAUACAUACAUCUUCAACAUACAAUGCUCUCUCUGACAAUACUCCUCCAAACAUAGCACUUGGGAACGACGUUUCGGCGCCAUUACCAUCAGAUAGCGAGCCGAACCGGACCUUGACGUGUACCAGCCCAACGCUACCGCUGUGAGGAAACAAUGGCAGUGCCACGGAAAGGCUCAUAUGCGGAGGAGAGUGCGGAGGUGGAGGUUUUAUUCGCAAACAUGGAGAAGAUGCAGAGCCUGACGAAGAAGAUUCAAGGUUCUCUCAACAGGUUGGAUGCCAGUGGUCAGACCGUGAAGGAAGCCUUGGGUCCCAUAUAUGGAAACACACAAAGGCUGCAGGUUACAGACAAGAAUAUUGAUCGUGUCAUCGAAGCAAUUGAGCGGCUACAAGCUCCGAGAGAUCAGUCUAAUAGGGAAGAACGUAUCAUUCGGGCUGGCCCCCGUAAUGGUGACCUACGAGACUACAUUGCGUCUUUUGACCGUUCCACGGAAACCCUCGCCGAGCUCAAACGUUCUAACCUGCGCGCGAACCAACAAGCUAUAUCUGAACUCAGUGCAUUGGUCAAUCUGGGGACCAAGCAGCUGGAGGAUGUGUUCCGCGACCUUCUUCGGGACGAGUCUUCACGCCCAGUAGACCCUCUGGAAUUUGUUGCCAAAAACAAUCCGUUCCCACUCCUCACGCCCGAAAGUAUAUCGACAUUACGACUUAUCCACAGACACAUCACCGCUUCAAUUGCCCAAAUUUCGAACAAAGAAGCUCGAGAGUCGCCCACCGCAAGGAUCUAUGCUGAGAUUAGAGGAGAUCAUAUUAUGAACUCGCUACGGACUUUGGCCGCAGCUACACUCAGUACAGCACGGAAAAUUGCACCAGACGCCAUUUACAAGCAAGGCACGAACGGCAUAGGCAUGUAUGCCCAGGCUCUAGAAGGUCUGAUUGUUGCCGAGUACCAGAGUUUGAGCGACAUCUUCCCGCGAGACGACUGGGGACCAGUCCUCACGUCGACAUGCCAGGCCGCGCUAUCCGAAUUCAGUAAAACCUUGCGGGAUCUAAACGGACACAUUCAAAGGAAUCUGAUGACUGACUGUUUCUUGGGUUAUGAGAUUGUGGGCAUAGUGAGCGGGCUCUCCCUUCAACUUGAGACGAAAACGGGCGCCCUCAAGCAAACGAUAUCCGAAUCAGUGAAACCUAUAAGGGAGACGUCGAAGGCUUCUUUAAGCAAACUUCUGGAAGACACCAGGACGCGCGUGCAAUCACUGGUAGCUCUACCAACGGAUGGCGCGUCCGUCCCGGUCACAACUGAUACUAUGACCCGGUUACAGACGAUGACGAACUACCUCUCACCGCUCUCUUCCAUUCUAGUCUCGUUAGGGCCUGGUGGGUGGAAUCCUUCCAACGGAAAUUCGGCAUCGACAUCAUUCGACGUCGGCGUUGAUGGAAAGGGACUCUUCAUCGACUAUGCGGCGGACACCAUCGAUACCCUGCUUCAAAAUCUGGAGAACAAAGCAAGGAGCCUGCUGAAGGGUAGACCGUUGCAAGGAGUUUUCCUUGCCAACAAUAUCGCCAUCAUUGUCAGAAUGAUCCAGUCGUCGGAUCUGCAGCCGUUACUCCCCGCACUCGACAAGAAGAUUGGGAAAUGGCGUAAGGAGGCGUCGCAAAUGUAUGUGGACGCAUGGCGCGAACCGUCUCGCCACCUGCUGGAUGUGCAGUAUACGAAUCGCAGCGGGCGGCCGCAUUCGGGGGGCGGAGGGGUGGACUCUGCGGCCAUUGUCAAGGCGCUCGGCUCAAAGGAGAAAGACGCCAUCAAGGAGAAAUUCAAGAACUUCAACACCAGCUUCGACGAGCUCAUUGCGCGGCAUAAGACAUACAAGAUGGAGCGGGAGGUACGAUCGCAGUUUGGGCGAGAGGUGCAAGGCAUUCUCGAACCGCUAUAUGGGCGGUUCUGGGACAAAUACCACGAAAUUGACAAGGGGAAGGGGAAGUAUGUCAAGUAUGACAAGACCACUUUUGGGUCGACGCUGGCCAGUCUGGCUUGAGAUGGUUCAUGCGGCGUUUGGAGUUGUUCAUGCAGGAUACCCGCUGGAUUUGAGCAUUUACUUAGGAUGGCCGGCAUUGCUUUGAAGGGACUCGGUCAUUGGAUGCAGGAAAUGCCAUGGGUGUCUCCCUGCUGUUGAUCCUUGGUGGUUGUUACAUGCCCAGGUGCACAGCGCUGUGUUGUGACAUGAUACAUCACAGGAGCUGGGUUUCCUGGAGGGCAGUACAUCUGGACCUCUAUAACCUCAGGAGUUAAGAAAUACCGGAAAGACUUGGGCGCUCGCUAGGUAAUAGUCACAAUAGAUAGUGACCUUAUCGGUAUAACCUUCCAAGGUUGGUGGAAUAUAGGUGGAAUGG